AAAAAAUACUGAGAAAAAGAAUCCCACUAUCUCAUGACAUAUGGAGGAGAGAGAAGGGGGAGCGAUUCCACUGCGGUCAUCCACAAGACAUUCCUUCCUCUCUCUUCCGUGUGCUCGAGACGACACAUCUAGCAGCUCCUCACCCUCCUCUCGCUCGGCUUCUGUCUAUCCCAAUUCCUCAUCUUGUUCAUAGCGCACGCAGCAGGCGAGAAUUUUCGUUGGCGAUCGAGCAGCAAUUGGAAUCGAUCCUUGGAUGGAUGCAGCCCAGUGGCACCAGGGUCUAGGGCUCGUGAAGCCCAUGGAGGAGAUGAUCAUGGCUGGAAACCAAAAUCCUAAUGCGAAUCAGAAUCCACCGCCGGCGCCGCCAACUGGUGCUGAAGCCCAGAGAGCCGCCGGUCCUAAUCCGCCGGCGGCAGCAGCGGGCGCGGCGCCAGCCGGUGCGGGUUCCACGGAGCGGAAGGCGCGGCCGCAGAAGGAGAAAGCAAUCAACUGCCCGAGGUGCAACUCCACCAACACCAAGUUCUGCUACUACAACAACUACAGCCUGCAGCAGCCGCGCUACUUCUGCAAGACGUGCCGCCGCUACUGGACCGAGGGAGGCUCCCUCCGGAACGUCCCGGUCGGCGGCGGCUCACGGAAGAACAAGCGGUCGUCCUCCGCUGUCGUGUCGUCCGCGGCGGCUGCUGCCGUCUCCACCUCCGCGGCGGCGUCCGGGACGAUCCCCGUCGGGAUGGCGGCCAAGAAUCCGAAGCUGAUGCACGAGGGCGCGCACGACCUGAACCUGGCGUUCCCGCACCACCACGGCCGCGUCCUGCACCCGUCGGAGUACGCCGCGUUCCCUAGCCUGGAGAGCAGCAACGUCUGCAACCCAGCGGGUGCCAUGGCGGCCAACGGCACGGGCGGCAGGGGCAUGGGCGCGUUCUCGGCGAUGGAGCUGCUGAGGAGCACAGGCUGCUACGUUCCGCUGCCGCAGGUGCAGCUAGGGAUGCCUCCGGAGUACGCUGCCGCGGGAUUUGCGCUUGGAGAGUUCCGCAUGCCGCCGCCGCAUCAGCAACACCACCAACAGCAGCAACACCACCAGCAACAGCAGCAGCAACACCAGCAGCAGGUUCAGAACAUGCUCGGGUUUUCGCUGGACACGGGAGGAGGUGGUGGCGGCGGUGGGGGUUAUGGCGCUGGGUUGCAGGGGACGCAGGAGAGCGCAGCAGGCAGGUUGCUGUUCCCCUUCGAAGACUUGAAGCCGGAGGUGAGCGCUGCUGGAAGAGGUGCAAGCGGCGGUGGCGGCGAUCAGUAUGAGCACAGCAAGGAACAGGAAGGUGGUGGCGGCGGCGGCGGUCAUGAAACCCUCGGGUUCUGGAAUAAUGGCAUGAUCGGAAAUGGCAGCAGCAAUGACGGCGGCGGUGGCGGUGGUUCUUGGUAGGUUGGUGCCAGCUACGCGCGUGGCGCCGCCUUUAACAUUCAUGCAUGGCUCAUGCACGCGCGGUUGUCAGCAUGUGAAGAUGAUAGAUCGAGAUAGAGACAAGGAGUUAAUAAGCGGUGGUGGUGAUUAGUGUUACAUAUGGCGUUUUAUCUCUCUUCAAUUGGGGUUUGGUUUUCCUACUGUUCUUGGUGUUCCUUCUUAAUUUCUUCCUGUUUGUUCAUGUGUGUGGUGAUCGACUUGGGGGCUAACACAGAUUAAGUAAGGAGUGAUGAACUAGCGAUAUAAAGCUUUCUAUUUAUCUUAA